CGAAUUGCAGUAAAUACGGACACAUCAAGCCAGAGGCAUCUCCUGGUUAUUGAGAGAUCGGAAAAGGCGAGAACUCUGCAACAAUGGUAUUCUCUGACAGCGAGAAACAGAUUAUAGAAGAAAUUGGCAACCACAUCAAGGCAAAUGCUGAAGCUUGGGGUGCGGAUGCUUUAGCCAGGUUGUUUGAGCUCCAUCCUUAUACUAGGAUAUAUUUCAAGGAAUUCACUGGCUUCAAAGCCUGUGACCCAUCGGUCAGAAAUCACGGUCGCCUGGUAAUGAAAGCGGUGGCAGAUGCAGCCCAUGACAUGGACCACAUGGGUAAACACCUGGAAGGGCUUGCCUUUCAAUAUGGUGAAGAACUGCAGGUGGAUCCUCAUUGCAUUCGGCUGUUCGUCAAUUGUAUCGUAGUCACCCUGGCCGUUUCCUUGCCUGCGUUCACCCCUGCACACCACCGUGCACUUGAUAAAUUUCUUGAGGUGGUCUGGUAUGAAUUGAGCUCCAAAUGCCGUUAAAGACCCAAUCAACCAACCAUGGUGAAUGACAGCAAGAUCAUCACUUAAAUCUCCUCCUGUGUGUUUUCUCACGCUGUCUGCUAAUAAAUCAUUAGUCCUGUAAACACAAAAUAAUCUGCUGAUGCUGUUGUCAAAGGAACACUCACAAUGCGCUGGAGGAACUCAGCGGGUCAGUCAGCAUCAGUUGAAAAGAUUAGUCGACGUUUC